AGGUCCGCAGGUUGGAGACCACUGCUUUGGUGCUUACCUUUCCUGAACUUGUGCGGCCAUGUCCAAUGCUGGCUCAACGGAGGGUGAAGGUUCCUCAGAGACAACUAUGUCGCAGGAUAGUAUUGAGCAGCCCUGGAGGCGUCGCUGCUUUCACCCCAAAAAAUUUUUUUAUGUAUUUUGACGCAUUUACAUUUUCUGACAUUGCUAAGUGUGUUUUCCAUGUGCAAAAUUUCUUGGCGGGGAUUUGCGCCCCAAAAAACGGGAUUUGCGCCAAAAUUGGUGCAAAUGAUGAAUUAUUGAAUAAAGUUAAAAUCACACACAGGACCGUGUGAUUUUGAGAAAGUUGUAAAAAUGACAGUGGAGAAGAUGCACCAAACUUUGGCGCAAAGUAUUGCGCCAAAGUUACGUGAACAAAAACACAUAAAUCCUUUGAUAAAUACCCCCCCAUAGCUACUAACCAAAUCAAUAUGGAAAGCGAACGACGGCUUCUCAUACUCCGGAUUACUCAUUUAACAUCCUCCAAUGAAGAUCCUCUGACGUGAAAACCUAGCAUGGCUGUGUUCAAGCAGCAGAAGGUAGAAGACCUGUACAUCAUAGCCGAUGAGCUAGGAAGUGGACAGUUUGCCAUUGUAAAAAGAUGCAAAGAGAGGAAGACUGGGAUAGAUUAUGCUGCCAAAUUUAUCAAAAAGCGACAAAGUCGUGCCAGCCGUAGAGGAGUGACACGGGAGGAGAUAGAACGAGAGGUGAACAUCCUACGGGAAACUCAGCAUCCUAACAUCAUCACUCUGCAGGAUGUGUAUGAGAACAAGACUGAUGUGGUCCUCAUCCUGGAGCUUGUUUCAGGUGGAGAACUCUUCGAUUUCCUGGCUCAGAAAGAGUCAUUGAGUGAAGAAGAGGCUACUAGGUUCAUCAAACAGAUUCUAGAAGGUGUGAAUUAUCUGCACACCCGCAAGAUUGCACACUUUGACUUAAAGCCAGAAAACAUUAUGCUGUUGGAUAAAACAAUUGCUGUGCCCCAUAUAAAGCUCAUUGACUUUGGCCUGGCACAUAAAAUUGAAGACGGGGUAGAGUUUAAGAAUAUUUUUGGCACGCCUGAAUUUGUAGCUCCUGAAAUAGUAAAUUAUGAACCACUAGGACUGGCUGUAGACAUGUGGAGCAUUGGUGUCAUCACAUACAUAUUAUUAAGUGGAGCAUCCCCAUUCUUGGGGGAGAACAAACAGGAGACCCUUUCCAAUAUUACAGCAGUAAACUAUGAGUUUGAUGAGGAAUUCUUCAGUCACACCAGCGAUCUGGCCAAAGACUUCAUCAGGAAGCUGCUUGUCAAGGACACAAGGAAGCGUUUUACUAUACAGGAAGCUCUUUCACAUCCAUGGAUAACAACACUUCAGUCCAAAGAGGAGAAUAAAAUUCAUGAUACCAAGAGAACAGCCAUGCGGAAACUGAAGGCUAAGAGGUUAAGGGAAUAUACAAUGAAGUCUCAUUCCAGCAUGCCCCCCAACAACACAUAUGUUAAUUUUGAGCGCUUUGCACAAGUAGUAGAAGACCUGAAAGGUGCAGAACAAAUACUAGGCUCCUUGGCUACAAACUAUGAUUCUCUACAGGAGGAUGUAGAAACAUUGAUAUCUAUCUACAAUGAAAAGGAGGCUUGGUAUAAAGAAGAGAAUGAGAAUGUUAGACACAGUCUAUCUCAGCUCCGAUAUGAGUGUCGAAAAGUGGAGUCCAUGAAGAAGAACCUAAAUCAUGACGUUCACUUUGUAGAAUGCAAUGUAGAAAGUGUUUCUGGAAGGUAUAAGGACUUAGAGACACGCUAUGAUUCUCUGAGCAAAGGACUUUCAGAGGAUAUUAAAAUGAUUCAAGACUUGGUAGAUGGAUUUCCAGCAGGAAAUACUGGUUAUGAAUGUAGGAACUUUGGUGCUGUAUUUAACAGAGAUUUAAGUGAGUCGUUCAUGGGUCUCUUAAAUGGAUCAUGUAGUGAAGAUCUUUUAGAACGACUAAAUCUCAGAAACACAGACCCUAGGUUUCAAUAGGCCCUGCAGUGAAUAAUUCAUAUGUAGAGCAUAUGUGGAAAAUCUGUAUAAACAUGACAUAUUCAAUUAUAUAUAGAUUCAGAUUUUGUUUUCUAUACGGUAUAUUUAUUACUAGAGAGUGUCCUUUAUGCUAAGAAUAUGAUCUUGAUGCAUGUAACAUUGGCUCUACACUGUACUACUGUGGUCACUAUCUCUGUAGUGUCUCUUCUUCACAAGCAAUGAUACUCAAAUUAAUCUGAUUUACCGUAAUUACAAUCUUUAUCAUUAAGACUGCCAUCUCAGUCAACCUAUAUAAAACUCUGGAUCACUACAUGUAUUUAACAAAAAAAUGGCUUUAUCACAUAGUGUACAUGGUCAUUAGGAAUAGGCAGGCAGCAUAAUGUGAUUUUUUCACAUUAUGCAAUAAAUGUUUUCGUAUUGUUAUGUUUCUAUCUUAUAGAAGUACUAGCUGAGUACCCGGAGUUGCCCGGUUUUUCCUUCCUAAUCUUUGUUGUGGAGGAAAAUAAACAAAGGAGGAAGCUUUUGACUUCAUAUCCCGUCCUCAUAUAUUGUUGUCAUAUCCCAACCCCAUAUCCCGUCCUCCUAUCCCGACUUCCUAUCCUGACCUCCUAUCUCGUCCUCCUAUCCCGAUCUCCUAUCCCGUCCUCCUAUCCCGACCUCCUAUCCUGUCCUCCUAUCCUGACCUCCUAUCCCGACCUCCUAUCCCGUCCUCCUAUCUCGACCUCCUAUCUCGAUCUCCUAUCCCGACCUCUUAUCUCGACAUCCUAUCCCGACCUCCUAUCCCAACCUCCUAUCCCGCCCUCCUAUCCCGUCCUCAUAUCCCGUCCUCCUAUAUCGACCUCCUAUCCCGACCCUUAAUAUGUGUACCAAGUAUUGAAAGAUCUCCAGGCGUACGGAAGUUAUGUAGGAACAUACAUUUCCCAUUGAUUUGAAUGGGACUUUAAACAAAAACCCUGACCCUCACAAAUGGGGGUAGUUAAGGGUUAAAUUAACUAUCCUAUAUUUUAAGUGGACAUAUAAGUAAUGUGUGACCAAGUAUUAUCGAAAUAUCUCCUGCCGUUUGGAAGUUAUUCAGAAACAUAUAUUUCCCGUAGACUUGCAUGGGACUUUAAACAAAAACCCCGCCCCUGGCAAAUGGGGGUGAGUAAGGGUUAAAUUACCUAUCCUAUGUUUGUGGUUGACAUAUAAGUAACAUGUGUGCCAAGUUUCAUGUUAAUAUCUUUAGCCGUUUGGACGUGAUGCUGGAACAUACACACACACACACAUUUAGGGAUAUUUAUCAAAGCUGUCUAUGUCCCGCAUCAAUAUAGACCAAACUACAGAGGGUUAGUCUGGUCUAUUGUGCGCCUAAUUUAUCAAAUGGCGCACGGCUCUAAAUUCUGUGCACAGACUGCAUGAUCUAUGCUUUAGUCUAUAUUUAAACCUGCUCCAACAUGGUCUGACAUUGCGGCGUACUUUCAGCCGAAGCGACUUGUCGCUGAAAAGUCGCUUUUGAUAAAUUCAGCACCAAUGCAUUUCAGUCUAAAAUAGACUAGAAUGCAUCAUGUUCUAAAAAUCCUCUAGAGCAAAAGUCGCAGAAAAGUCGCACAUAUUCAGACUGCGACUUUCUGUGCGACAAAUUUAGACAGGAAAAACCAGUCUAAAUCCUUUGAUAAAUCUCCCCCAUUGAGUUUUAUAUAUAGAUGGAUUGAUAGGCAGGGAAGCCAAACUUUCUAUUGUUAUUGACUUUGUAUUUAUUCGAUGUUGAUAGUAGAAGUUGAAUACUGUAAACUAGUUAAUUAUAACACUGGUUAAAAUGAGAAUUUUUUGUCACUACAAGUAACAAGAACGUUCAUUAAAAACCCAAAAUGAUGUGUAUCAGUAGCAUGUUUCUAAGCAUAUUAGGCUCCAGUCUAGUUAAGUUCAUUGUAUUUCACCUCUGUGUAGUAUAUGUGAUUACAGAGACUUUUUUGUUUUACAGACUAUUAGUCCAUAAGAUAUGGACAGUUGCUAAAAGCUCAUAUUUAUUAAGCCUGCGGAUAUUGACAGCAU